GAGGGUCUACGUGACCAACAGAUGCAAGAUGAAGUAGGCGACAUGACGCCAAGUCGAAUCAGUCGGAAUUUAACAUCAGAGGAGUGUAGAAGUAUAACGAUGGGAAGAUAGUGUGAACCAACGAAAUCUUUUCUUUGUGCCUAAAGUAGUCGUGUGACCGGCCGUUUUACUCUUUAUUAUUCACCUUUAAUUUUUCAUUUCAACAGUUCAGUUUACCGCGGAGGUUUUUUUGUAGUCUCCUUUUUGCUAAACACAAAAAUCAACAAAUAUGGUCGAAAGGAUAAUAGAAGAAAAUGAAAAUUACGAUUGCAACGGCAUCGUAAUCAACAAUGGUGACAGCAUCGAGGGUUGCAACGGGGGCGGGGGCAAUGGCAGCGCCUCCGACAGCGGCGAUCAGAUGGACGCUGAAGCUCGCGAACGAGAACUAGUUCGACGCAAGGAGGAAGCCAAGAGAAGGAGGCGUAAGAAGAAGCGAACCGGAUCUUCAUUGGUGUCAUCAUGUUUUCAAGAUCUGUAUAAAUUGACCGGUGAAGUUCUGGGAGAAGGUGCUUACGCUAGCGUCCAAACUUGCGUGAGUCUGUUCACCGAUCAAGAAUUUGCUGUGAAAAUUAUCGACAAGGUACCAGGUCAUGCUAGAGCUAGAGUUUUUAGGGAAGUAGAGACGUUCCAUCAUUGCCAAGGCCACCCCAAUAUUAUUCAGUUAAUGGAGUUUUUCGAGGACGAAGAAAAGUUUUAUUUGGUUUUUGAAAAGAUCAAUGGAGGUCAGCUCCUACGAAGGAUUCAGGAGCACAAGUUUUUCAGCGAAGCCGCAGCGGCAGAGAUAGUGAGAGAAGUGGCCUCAGCCUUGCAGUUUAUGCACGCCAAAGGGAUUGCACACAGGGAUUUAAAGCCUGAGAACAUUCUUUGUGUCCACAGGGACCAACUUUGUCCGGUCAAGAUCUGCGAUUUCGAUUUAGGAUCUGGCAUCCGCUUCCAAUCCAGCGUUUCCAGUCCUUUAGCGACACCUCAGUUAUUAACACCUGUGGGCAGUGCUGAAUUUAUGGCACCGGAAGUAGUAGAGGCAUUCAUCGGAGAAUCGGAAACCACAUCAUACGACAAGAGGUGCGAUUUAUGGUCUUUAGGCGUCAUCAUGUACAUUCUGCUGUGCGGAUACCCGCCGUUUUACGGAAAGUGUGGUAGAGACUGUGGCUGGGAACGAGGCGAUAACUGCAACGCCUGUCAGGAACUUUUGUUCCAGAGCAUCCAGGAAGGAAGAUACGAUUUCCCGGAGCCAGAGUGGACGACCAUAUCGGAUGAAGCAAGGGACCUCAUCUCGAGUCUGCUGGUAAAGAACGCCAGCGAGCGCAUCAGCGCGGAAAAGGUGCUGCAGCACCCGUGGCUGCAGUGCGCAAGUGAUACAGCUGCGCUAACUACCCCAGCUGUCAUCAAGAAGAACAACUCUGCGUUGGAACUGUCCCAGUUCGCGGAGUCCGCAAUGGCUGUGAAUAGAGUGGUGCAACAACACUUCAGCAUGAAAUUGGACUACUUGGAGAGACCGAACGUGUAUCCUGACUGUCCUGUUCGGUCAGGAAUGAAGACGUGCGCAUCGGCGAAGAUGUUUGGCCUGAGCCCGCCCAGCGAGAGCAACCUCAUGCGCAGGCGUAUCAAAGGCGGCUCUUGCCAGUUCCUCGUGCCAGCGCCCACACCCGCCAUACCCAGUCCAAGCGGUUGAUGUUGCCCAACUCGUCAAAAUGUUUUAAAAUUUUGAAAACUAAUUUUUUUCUUUUUCGAUUUUUUGGCAUUUUUACAGAGGGUUGAUUCGGUUAUUUGUGUUGUGUUCUGUUUUAUGAUCUACAACACAACAAGUUACUGUUGUUUAUUUUGUAUUUUUCUAUUGUAAAGCUGGAUGGAUCGAAAUAUUGAGGCAUUUCAAAUAUUCGUAACUGAUGCAUCCGAGUACCAUUAGAUUUCUCGCCAAGCCAUCAACUCGAUAUUUACCCAUUAAUACAGUUAGUUCUCGAUAUUAAACAAAGUUCACGAAACAAAAUAGAUCUGCUAAUAUAAUUUUGACAGUGACUAAGAUGACAGUUCUCUUGUUACCAACUUAAAGUCUUUGGCGAGAAUCUUAAAAAAAACUUAAGCAGCUCAAAAUAUUUCACACUUUUUAUUGACAAUAAUAAAUAGAUAUUAUUUAUUACUAAUUUCCGAUAAAAAUUAGCAACUGCGCCAACCUAAUCUUUAAGAAUUCACAUAUUAAUUUUCAAAUCAGAAAGGUCCACCUACUCGUAGUUCUUGUGUUUGAAAUAAGCACAUUUUUUUCUCAGAAGCUCUAUUUUUUCGUUCUAUUUUUUUUUUAUUUAGUAUUACGGAUCAGAUUUUUCAUAUAUUAUUUAUAUUUAUAAGCAAAACAACCACUUCAACUAAUUUAUAGGUUAAACAGAACAUUUUCUGUUAGUUUUGUUGUGACACUUAACGUGUUAGAGGAAUUCAUUAAACGUGGCUGUGUGCCAUAAAUCAAAAGGUUAUAGGAAAAUACAGAAAAAGAGGAAAGAAAGUAUAUAUAGCUACCAAAUAUUCCAAUAUCUGCAACAUUUUCAGAAUCAAACUGUUUGACUGAGCUCUUAUAGCAUGUAGUUAUCGCCAAUACUAAUAAGUAAGCUUUAGCUAAGGUUUACGGUAGUCUAGGAGAUAUAAUAUAUUUGAUAUUGAAAAUUAAUACUUAGAGCAGAACAUAAAUGACACUCUACAGACAGAUAAUCGGCAAGAAUCUAGAACCAGCAAAUGACAAAAUUGCAAAUUAGUGAUCUUCGUUUAUGUUAUCUUUUAUAAUAAAUAACGAAAGAACGCGAGAAUAUAAGUAAUACAUGUCAUAUGUCAGUUGUCAUGGCAUAUCACUUGUUUCAUUCGUCGCUUAUCAGGAUGUCUGUCUGUUACAAGAUGAGAGAUGUCGCUGCGGUAGCAGUUUACAAAAAAACCAUUUUAGGUCUUCUAAAUGUUACAAAUAGGGGGGAUAGAAUGAAAAUUCUUUUUUAUAACGAAUAAAUUGUGGUUGAUACGAAUGUUCAAAUCUAAUGAUUGUAGAAUACUGUUUAAAGCGCAAAAAACGUUUAACGAGAUCUUCUCUAGAGCCUCGUAGAUUAAAUCGGCUGAAUCUUCAUCAACAUCGUUCGUCUUUGCAGCGAAGAAUCGCGUUACUUUGUAAAAAUUUGUAAAUAUUUAGGAUUAAGAACAAAUAAGAAGUAUUUAAUAAAGAGCGAGGCUAGUGUAUGAGAUUCUGCUGUAGAUUAAGUUUUGCUUAAUAACUUUUUAGGUUAAGUACAAACACUUGACAAGGUGGCAAUGCGUUCGGUUCAAAAAAUGGGAGGGUUUGGUAUUUAUCGUUCAAUGAAAUGCCUGAAACGUCAACACAAACAAAAAGGCAAACAAUAAUAUAUACCUGUCAAUUUUUCUACUUAAGUUUACUUUUUGGCUAAAGGACAUCGCACACAUCUUAUGGAAAAUAUAAUGUCGCUCAAAUUCAAUAAAAUUUAUACGAAUAGAUUCGUUUUAAAUUAACGGUCAAAUCUUAUCAUUGCGCCAACUCUAUUUUCAAUAAUAAGAGCAGAAAUUGAUAUAAAUAAAUCUGAAAUCAAAUGGGUACGUACAUAAGUUAGAGAGAGAAAAAAUAUUUUAAAAUACCCAGCUGUUUGUAAAUGUUUAAGCUGUUUUGAAUAGCACUCAGAGCAAUAAUGAUUGUAACUAACACUUUAUGGACUCCAAAAAUGUGAUUUCGAUAAACUUUAAUUGCAAUUUGCGCCGUAAUUAAUCAUAAUUAAGAGUUGGCGCAAUGAUAAGAAUUGACCGUUAAUUUAAAACGAAUCUAAUCGUAUAAAUUUUAUUGAAUUUGAGUGACAUUAUAUUUUCCAUAAGAUGUGUGCGAUGUCCUUUCAUUAGGACGAACGUUUGGGCAAUUUUCUCGAACGCAUUGUAUAGCUGCCCGCGAUAAAGGUUGUGAUAUGAGAGUACCCUUUAUCAAAAAAAAAGUAUUGCUAUCAGUUAGGCCAUGUUUUGAUGAUGCCUCAAUAUCAAUUGAUGGUUCAGCUGUGGCCUAGAUAUAUAUCGCUUGAUUUUUUAAUACUUUUGUAUGUGUUAAAAUGUAGAUUGAUACCAGUCUACGAUUUGUGAUAAUAAGUAAGCUCUGACGUGCGAUUAGAACGCACGAUAGACUGUAGACGCCGUACCUGCUUUCAUUUCAGUGAGAUACGGAACAUUUGAAUGAAAGGGGCUAGAAAGAGCCCUUGGGACCCAAGUAAUACACCAAACAAUAGCAUGUACCCAAAUAAGUAAUGACAUAACAUGCUCACUUUAAAGAUGGCGGCUUUGACUUCAUGUGUCACUUAAAAUAUGACAGAUGACAUCAGAGCAGUCAUUUUGAGGGUGAUUGUGCCAAAUUGUUGGCUUAUUGGUAGAGAUAUUAUUAUUAGGUGGCUUAUGUUGUGGUUCUUCUACGUACUGACAGUCCAUUUGUAUUUAAGAGUCCUAUAUAAGUUUGGAUAUUUUUUUAAGAUUUUGUAAUGCUCAAGGUAAGAAAUUUCCUUAUAUGAUUGGAAUGGUAUCCAAACCAGGGCGCGAUAAAGCAAAUACCAAAUCGGUACAUAAACAACAAAAAACGCUCGUUGUACUACAAAAACCAAUCCUCUUAAUUCAAAUCAUUAAUAUCAUCAAUCCUACUUAAAUAAACCGCGUAUUUUGUUGUUUAUACCGACUUUAACAUUGUUAUCUUCAUGUUUAAGGUAAACCACGAGAUAAAUCUUGUAAUUCCAUCUUAACACGAUUUUUACAACGUUAUUUUCUCAGUAAAAUUGAAGUUUACAAUGAACGUGAAGAAAAGCUAAGUGUAUCAUCCCAGUGAAUUGGUAUUUGUCACUUCCAACUCUCAGGGCCGGUUGUUCGAACGCUAAUCAACAAUGAUCAUUAUCAAAUAUUUAAUUACUGUCACCAAAACUGUCAAUGUCAACUUUGUUUGGGUUGCUGAAAACAUAAUUAAUUACAAUUAUGAGAUCUAUUAUUAAUUAUGUUAAUAAUUAUUGUUAUAUUAAUUGAUUAUAGACUCCACAGACUUUUUAACGACCCAAACAAAGUUGACAUUGACAGUAAUUAAUUAUUUGAUAAUGAUCAUUCUUGAUUAGCGUUCGAACAACCGGCCCUUAGGGUUGCAAAUGUGUGGUGGUUCAAGUUGGACCAUCUCUGAGGAGUAAAUGUUUCUGAAAUGAGUGUGAUAUAAUAAUGUAUGAAUGUUUCCUAAAAAAACGUAGAUUCCCCCUACAAGAUUGGAGUAUUGUUUUUUUUUCUAAGAUUACUAUAAGGCAUUUAUUAAUGUACUUUCACAGUACCAUCUGUUUCCAAUCAGUUUAUACCAAAAAACAAAAAAAGCAAAUAUAUAAAAAGUAUAUUUCAUGGCGGAGAUGCCGUGAGUGCCAUUAUUUCUAUUAUGCGGGCUAGUCAGUUGGUAAAAUAUCAGUAUUUAUAUCAGAAAGUACAGUUUUUGUUACUAUAUAUCACCCUGUACGUCAAUAUUCAAACUUCAAUAAAUUGUGCGGUGUUUUUGAGUUGAGGCAACUUUGCAGUUAACAUGUUUUCCUUCACACUCGAUACUACAUUAUAAUUUAUAUCAACAUUUGGAAAAUAUUUGAUAUUUUGCAAAUGACUAGCCGGUAUUUCGUACGUCCAAGGCUGUACGGCCGUUACCAAUGGUUAUGGCCCGUACAGGAUUGGUCGUAUACAAGGAAUUAUAACAUUGUUAAAAAAUUUGGUUAUAACAUCGUUUUUUACUACAAGCAAGUUGGCAUUGGGUAAAAAUAGUGAUGGAAAUUUAUGUACCAAGUGUGCUUUAAUUUCUUAAAAAUAAAGACCGAUUUUUUUACAAA